AUACAGAAACCUGCUCCUCCAACGCAAGCAGCGGCAACAUUGUAGCGGAGAAACGCCAGCGGACGGGAAGCAACGAGGGGAGCGCCACGGAAUAGACCCCGUUAUAUUGUUGUGAUUGCCCCAUCUAGAUCGUAUUCUGUCAGAUCUCUCUGAAAAGUGAAUCGGUACACCAUUGAGGAUGUCGGUGGCAGGGCUGAAGAAGCAAUUUCACAAAGCCAGUCAGUUGCUGAGUGAGAAGAUAAGUGGUGCUGAAGGGACAAAGCUAGAUGAAGACUUCAUGGAGAUGGAGAGGAAAAUCGAUGUCACCAACAAAUCAGUGUUGGACCUCUUGACCAAAACAACAGAAUACCUACAACCUAACCCAGCUUCCAGAGCCAAGUUGGGGAUGUUAAACACAGUGUCGAAGAUGAGAGGACAGGUGAAGACCACAGGAUACCCACAGACCGAGGGCCUACUGGGGGACUGUAUGAUGCGCUAUGGACAUGAUCUGGGAGACCAGUCCUCCUUCGGCGGUGCGUUGGUGGACAUCGGUGAGGCCAUGAGGCAGAUGGCCGACGUGAAAGACUCUCUGGACAUCAGUGUCAAACAAAACUUUAUUGACCCGCUCCAGAACUUACAGGACAAAGACCUCAAGGAGAUCACGCAUCACCUGAAGAAGCUGGAGGGGAGGCGGUUGGACUUUGACUAUAAGAAGAAGCGUCAGGGGAAGGUGCCUGAUGAGGAGAUCCGUCAGGCGGUUGAGAAGUUUGAGGAGAGCAAAGAGCUGGCCGAGAGGAGCAUGUUCAACUUCCUGGAGAACGAUGUGGAGCAGGUGAGUCAGCUGUCAGCGUUGGUUGAAGCGGCGUUAGACUACCACCGUCAGUCCUUGGAGAUCCUAGAAGACCUCAACACCCAACUACAAAACAGGAUAUCCUCAGCCAGCAGUCGACCGAAGAGAGAAUUUAAACCAAAGUCCAUCAUGAGCAGCAUUGAGACCAUAGACAACACUCAACACAAUGGAUCAUAUAGCUCCUCACUCAAGUCCUCAGACAUCCAGAUCAACCACACAGUAAAUGGAAAUGGGAAAAGUAGGUGUACUUGGACUGAUCACAUCAAACAGCUGAUCCCUUCACCACCGUUCCUCUGUCCUGGCCAGAGAGUCCCACUUUCAACGGCCACCAAUCGGAGAUGCUGGACCAGCCGUGUGCCAGGUCCCUGUAUGACUUUGAGCCAGAGAACGAUGGUGAGCUGGGCUUUAAGGAGGGUGACAUCAUCAUCCUCACCAACCAGAUAGAUGACAACUGGUACGAAGGCAUGAUAAACGGAGACUCUGGCUUCUUCCCAAUCAACUAUGUGGAGGUUAUCGUACCCCUGCCCCAGUGAGACAGGAACGGACAGGACACCACCCAAUCAGGGACCAAUCUCCAGAGCCCAACCUCCUCACAGCCUCCCCUGGUCCCUACACCCUAUGCACCUGUGGAGAUCUGAGAGGAUUUUGUUAUUUUGAUCUGAGAGGUAUUUCCAUAUAGAUUGCACCGGUCGAAUCCGCUCAGAUCUCCACAGGUGCAUAGGGCGCAGGGUCUUGGUGUUGAUUUGGGAUUAUACACAGUGUCCAUUUCAUCAGACUUCAAUCCCCACCCUCAAGCCUCCUGUCAUCAACCCCCAGCCUCCAGUCCCUACCCUUACAUCCUCAGCCUUAGAAACACAGUACUCAAUCCCAAACCGACCCUAUACCCUAGACACUUUCGUAGAUCUGAACAGAUUGGACAGGUAUAAGGAAGGAAGUGGACAUUCUAAGCAGUCUAUCAGAAGGCAGAGUGAAGCUAAUCUGAUCUUGUUAAUACCAAUCCUUUAAGAUCAAUAGGAGUGUGUAGGGGUUAGAGGGGAUAUGGGUUUAUUUGGGAUUUCAGCACAACUCUCAGCACAACAACUCUCAGCACAACAACUCCUAGCACAAACCUAUGUCUAAUUUAUUGUCAAAACCACAUGUAAUCCCUAGUCCCAGACUACAACCCUCCAAUACCCCAGCACCCACACAGCCCCUAACCCAAACCACAAACUCCAUGAAAUCGUCAUAUGAAAUUGAUCACAACACACUUCAUCAAAGUCCUCCUCAGAUGACCACGCCUUGCUUUUCGCCACAGACAUUCAAUAAGUGUACUACUUUUCUCUUUGUCUUUUACAAUAUUUAUUUUCUACAUUGUUGUUUUCAUGGUUUGUGGAAUGUGAAAAUCAGGGUUCCUCUCCCAAACUGUGUUCCAUUUGGAGCAGCUACAGGUGACACCAUCAGACAAGACCACUAAAAUAAUCACCUGACAAUCGCUGUGUAACAGGUGUGGACUAACUGAAGAAAAGCAAUUCCAGGUUAUCAAAGAUGAUGCUUUUCUCAUGAUCUGCCACCAUGAGAAAACAAAAUGGAGUCUCCUGGAAAAAUCCACAUUCCUACUGUGCAUCUCCGUUUGGUUCGGGUUUUCCUGUGUAACUCUUCUUCAAGUGUUGAUGUUGAGUUAGGAGUGGUCUUUUUGUUCCUUUUCUCUGCUGUUAUCUGUAGGGCCAGGAGUUAUGCCUGACCAUGUUACCUGACCAAUACAAACUCUAGUCCCUAGUUCUAGGUUAUUAUAGGCUUUAACAUGUGCCCAGAGUUGUUCCUGUUGUCCGUCUGCCUGCUUGUCUGCCUGUUGUGCUCUUAAGUGUUAUCCCAAACACAUAUUUUUAAACUGUAAGGAACUGAUUUUACAACUCUGAAUGUCCCUCUCUCUCUCUCUCUGUGUUUACAUGGUCUGGUCUUACUGUGACGUAAAGGCUCCUCUAAGGACUGUACCACUGUUCUGUGUCAGACGGGGGUGAAUGCCUUGACCCACUUGGACCGUUUAAGUGCUUUUUAAAAUGUUGUCUGUAUUGCACUGAAGCUUUAGACCCGAACGCACACCUCUGGACAUGCACAUACUGUAUGUUUUCUACUUUCUCCUCAAGCACUGCACUUUCUAUGUCCUUCACCAUGAGAGUACAGUACCGUCUGAUGGGGAAUAAAUAGAUUGAUAUGGACCACGAUAUGUACUGUAUGUGAUGAAACAGUUUGUCUGCCAUGUAACGUCAGACCACCAUUGUAGAUUGAAUGAAGUCUCACAAUGAUACACAUUAAAGGCAUACUUUGUCCCUUG